AUGGAGUUCGGAGAGAAUCAUGAAGAGGCGCUACUCCAUUCAACAUGGCAAGCGAUCGUCGACGAUGAGUCUUCGACGCCUUACUUGUUUAAAUUCUCGUGCUUGAACGAUGACAAGUUUUGCUGCCUUUUGUUAACGGAUACGAAGAGAGUAUGGGUAGAAGCCAUGGCGUGGAGGCACAUCCUGCGUAGAGCCAAACGGCUACAUAUAAUCGAAGAGGAUGUCCAAGAAUGUCUCCCUGAACAUAUUCUUCACCCCCUCAUCACCCUUCAUUCCCUUUCCUCUGCCGACUCUCUUACUCCGACGUUCCCUCCUACCACGCAAGCCGACCUUCUUCUGCGGCUUUCGGGCGACGCCUUUACCUGGGAAUGGGAGCUGGAAGCGCUUCCACGUGCAAAAGGAGCAGAGCUGCUCUCGGGCCAGUUCAUCAUGCCUCUGCUCAACUGGAGCGGAUACGUAUUGGACAAUUAUAUGGAGGGGAUCACCUCAGAGCACCAGAUCCGUCAACUUGAACGGGACCUGGACGCGAGCGGCCGGACCGCCAAGCGGCACCUGCACAAGAUGGUGCGGAGCGUUGUCCGCCAGCCUCUAUUUACGACGUCUCUGCGUCGGCUGACAGAGAGCGGUUCUGGCUCGAGCACCAAAUCCGCCAUUUUCCGUUCACCGGAGGACGAACCCCGUCCUCGUUCAGGAGGGCCCUCACCCCCUGCUGCUCCUACACCUUCAGGCGCAUCACGUGCCCGUGAAGCGGGGCGUCGCUCCCACAGUCAAGCAGUUUCGGUGAAGGAAGAAACACCUGUUCUGAAGGCAGAGCCGUCUUCCCCCGCUGGGCCGAGUGGACCAUCCGGGCAGGGUUCUGAGACGUCAUCUCCCAAUGCUAUCAAGAAGGAGGAGGAAGAGGAAGAGGAAGAAGAGAAGAAAGUGGUUGUUGGGAGCGAGACGGAGACUGAGGAUGAGGAUGAGGAUCAUGUUGUGAAAGGGGAACAGGAAGAUGAGGAUGAGAACAAGGGGGACGUAAAAAUGGAGGAAGAAGAUGCGGAUGCGGAUGAGGAUGAGGAGGAAGCUUGGAAAAGAAGAAGCCGCGUGAAAAGGGAGGCCGAGGAGGAAGAAAAUGGUUUCGAUCUCCCACCUUCACAAUCUACUCGCAGUGGGACGCGCAGAAAGCGCGCGUCUCCGUCUCGUAAGCGCGGUCGACGACAAGUGGAAGGGGACAAGGACGUGGAGAUGGAGGUUCCUGUGCUGAAGGAAGAAUCCGAAGAAGAGAAGCCUGUGGUGAAGAAAGAGAUAUUUGUGCCGAAGUCGAGGGUGCAGGUGAAGCGGACUAAGUACUAA